UAUGGAUCAAAGCUUAGAAUUAUUUUGGGCCUGAAACAAGAAUUGUUUCGUGUUGAACUCCACCAUUUAUGGUUGUCAAACAGCACGGAAAAUAAGCUUGUCAGAGAAAUAAAGUAAAAAGGAUGAUCGCAUACCUACGAAAAUGUCCAAAUUUAACUAUCGUAUGUGGAAACAAUGUUGUCUUCCUCCAGCGUUUUCUACACAAUGGUCCGGACACCGUGGAAGAGCUUCUUGACAGACACGUUGUGAAGGAGAAAUCCCUAGAGGAUGAGGACGAAGAGUCGCUGAACCGACAGCGCCUCACCAGCACUCGACGAGAGGUACUGAGUCUCUACCGCGACAUCCUUCGAGCCACCCGAUUCUUCAUGUGGCCCGAUUCUCGGGGCGUUCUGUGGAGGGACAUAUUGAGAGAGAACGCAAGGAAGGAGUUCGAUGAAGCUCGCUUCGAGAAGGAUCCGGAAGUUGUGACGCGAUUGCUUAUCGGUGGGCGUCAUGCGGUUGAAUCUGCAUUGGAGAAGCUAACGGAAAAGCAGAGGCAUCAGAUUCAGAAGGAGCGGGGAGAUGGUCGGUGAUGAUCGAUUCAUUUCUUUACUCUCUCUAAUUUUGAAUUUGGUUAUCCUUUCAAGGAAGAACAAAUGUUGUAUUUUGGUCUUAUAAAAAUUGAUUCAUUUCUUAGCUUAUGCGUUAGCCUUGUUCGAUUGUGAUUCCCGCAUAUCCAGAAGUUGGUUGAUGAGAAAGUUGAGAGGAAAAACUAAAGGAAAUCAAAGUUCGAUUUUACUGCAGUGUUCCUUUGUAUGUUGGCGUCGAUUGAACAUUGAAUUGAAGGGGGGAAACAAAUGUUCCUUUGCAUUGCCUCCAUGGCAGUUUGCUGAACUUGUAACCAAGCAUAUUUGGUGCCAAAUUGGCAAAUGUAAGUUAUCAACCCAGAAAGUGACUCGCUUAGUCGAUCAAA